AUGAUUUACUCAGUUACUCGUCUGUUCUUCAUUGUCGUCGUCGUCGUCGCCCCCUCUGUCUAUGCCCACAUUGCCUUCUGGCACCCGAGCAUGUGGGGGUUCAACGUCACAGACAAAGACCCAGCGUAUUCUUACGACAACCGUCCUGUUGUUCCCCUAGCGCGUAUGACGUUUGACGAGUGGUGGUUUCACAACCACCUGCGGUAUCCUCCGCACCCAAAUGAUGUUUUUGAACUGCCCGCUGGGAAAGCCGCCAUUGCAGAACUCGGGUGCAACAAGGGCGCGACGACGUGGUGGAAUUCGUCCGAAGGCGGAGAUGUUCGUCAGGGGGACUGGCCUUGCCCCAGGUCCACUUCUGUCCAGUUCCAUACCACGGGUAUCAACGACGUGAAAGGUUGUGCACUUGCCAUUGUUCAUGAAUCAGAUGUCAGCAAGAUCAAACCAGAGGACUUUACAGUCUUUAGCGUCAACCAGACUUGCGUCUGGCACAGAUUCACCGCAUUCCAGGUUCCCGCUGACAUGCCUGCCUGUCCCGGCGGAAAAUGCACGUGUGCAUGGUUCUGGAUCCACUCUCCUGAUAGCGGUUCUGAACAAAUGUAUAUGAAUGCCUUCCAGUGCACAGUAACGGGUUCUAGGCACGAUGCACCAGCUCUCAUGAAGCCUCAAGUUGCAAGACGCUGCGGAGCAGAUCCUGAACAUGGAAUCACCCACCCUACCCCUAGCAACUGUACGCACGGAGCGAAGCAACCAUUGUACUGGCUGCAAAAUGAAGGCGACAACAUGUUUGAGGACUACAUGGGUCCUCCUUUCUACAACGACCUUUACGAUUUUAAAGAUGGAGCUCAGAACGACAUAUUCGUGACGAGCACGAACAAUGCUGCUCAAAGUUUUGGGGUCAUGAAUUUCAUGCUUCGAGGGAGGUAA